AUGAUCUAUUAUAGAUAUUUAGUUUUAUUCAUUAUAAUUGGUUAUUCAAGAUGUGCUGAUAAACCAAGUAACACAGAUAUAACUACUGGAGAUGGAAGUGAUUAUGAAGAAGAUAACUUUCAGGUAAUAGAAACUACUGAAACUCUGACUGAAGGACUAACUGAAACUCAACCAGAACAUGAACAUGAAACUACUCGGACUGAAACUGUUAAUGAUGUAGAAACACAAACAGAUCUAGAGCAACUUGAACAUGAACCUCAACCAGAUAAUGUACCACCACCAAUACAGCCUACAAGAUAUUAUUUAAUAGAACCUCAAUUUCAGUAUCCAGGAUAUCAUUCUAUAUAUUAUUAUCCACCACAUCAACCAGUAUAUCUACCAUUACAACCUCAAUAUCCAGUACCUCAACCUAUACCACAGGUAGAACCUACACAUUAUUAUCCAGGAUAUGAAUAUCCAGAAUAUGAACCUCAACCUACUCCUAUACAACCUCCACAACCACAACCACAACCAGCUCAACCACUACAACCUUAUCAAUCUCCUCAACUACAUUAUGAACCUUAUCAACAGUAUUAUCCAGGAUAUCCACCUGUACCUUAUCCACCAUAUCAGCCUCAUCCAGGAUACCAACCACAACCUACACCUCAGUAUGGACCUUAUGGACCUUAUCAACCAUAUUAUCCUGAACCACAUCAACCUUAUGGACCAUAUCAACCACAACCAGUGCCUAUUGAUGAAGGUAUACAAGAAAGUAUUGAUGAACCUCAAUAUGUAGAAAAACAACGAAAGAAACCGAAGAAAAAAAAAUAUAAAUCAAUUAUUUUUAUGAAGAAAGAUCAGGAUGGGAAAUUAGUUGAAAUGGAUGGUGAAGAUUACAAAAUGGCAUUUAGUGAUUCAUUCAAAUCAAAAUUUAUUAUUAAAGGAAAACUUGAAGAGAUAUUUUUUGAAGGUGAGACCGUAUGGAAACACAUGGAUGGAAAUGAUUAUCCAUCAUUUGUAGCAUAUAAUAAAAUAAUUAAAAAAUUUUUAAUCUUUGUUGGUCAAAGAUUUUUCUUAUCUAGAAAAGUUAAUGGUACAUGGAAAAUAAGUUCACGGAAAGUUCCAAAAUAUCUUAGGAUGUUCACUAAAGAUGAUGAGGGGAAUGAUGUCAAAAUAACUGAUAAUCAAUACGAUUUUGAAGUUACUCAAAGAGGAGAAGUGAUAUAUAAAAUUGUACCUGGAGUUAAAUGCAACAAAAUUAUGAUUAACGAAAAAUCAAUAUAUAUUAAUAGAUUUAAUAAAGGUUUCCCAUUAUCAGUCUACCUUAAUCUAGAAGGAGAACUAAUAGUUGAAUUCAAGAAUUGUACAAUUUUAUUUAAAAUAAUUGAUGGAGACUAUAGACCAUUAAUUACUAAACGACGCUAA